GUUUCAUGUCGAACUUUAUGUUGUCUCAUCACCCAAACACUCACAUCAUCUAUCUUACCUUCUUCAAGUGACAGCUGCAUACUAUCCGCGAUAUAGCACAAUAAUUAUUUCAAGUUGAGCGCAGUACUAUCAGGUUCUAUAGCUUGAGGCUCACCUACCGGCUGAACUGUUCACCUUUCUUAGCGCCAUACGCGUCAUCAGUCAAUACUCUAGCCUCAACAUUGAAACCGUCGCCUUCGACGGUCGGAGUCGCUCCAACACAUCGAGCCACUCCAUCUCGGGUGGCUAAUAGCUUCGACGACAACAAAGUCUUGCUGGCCCCGCCGCCAUUUCUACCUGAAUUGCUGUUUCCUUUCUCGAUAUUGUGGUUACAACCGACUGACCAGACCGGCCGUAUCAGCGACCGCACUUUCUACGCGCCGUGUUUAUCCCUCGUCGUGUAUUGCCUCAUCGCCACUCUGUAUUAUCCACCGGGUUCUCCGUAUUCUCCUUGUUUGUGCGGAAGUCCAUCACCCACCACAUUGUCUGUCGGAAUCACACGCAGCAACAGUGCUAGGUCUCUGGAGCCUCAACCUAGCUGUACAUGUGACGAUCACUCGACACUUGCUUGACACCUAUGUUCUCUCGCCUCUUGGUUGCGUUCUGCCGUCUUGCCGGACCUUCGCGGACUUCGGGCCUGCUGGGUUGACGCAUUAUACCAAUACCCCCAUCCUCACACCCUUUCGCAGUACCCUUUGCUGCAAAUAGCGCCGAGGGUAAUCACUUAGAUCGUCAUGAAGCCUGUUGCCACAUCGCCUGAACAGCUCACCUCACAGGUACAUCGGCUGUCGUUCGCUUCACCCCGUCUUGAGAACGCUGGCUGUUUAGCUCCGGGCGAGGAUGUCAACAGAUCCUACCCUGCGAUGUUCGUGACCACUGAUGCCCGAUCUGCAGCCAGCCCAAUCGCCCCCAGCGUCCCGCAAGAGGUAGCCUGCCUGACCUUUACGGCUGGUGACGUUUGCCCAGGCUCAUCGCUUAGGACAAGCGCUGUCGGUUGUACCAGACUGCAAAGUGCCCUCCUCCUUUCUCCCUCCCUCGAGGACCUGCCAAACGAGGUUUUGUUUCACAUUAUGGGUUUCCUGGACGUCAACGACCUUCUGUCAACGUCGAGAACGAGCCAUCUCCUUCGCGAUAUCUCUCAAGCCCCUAUUUUACACCAUUAUCGGCUUCAGCGAGCCCGAAUUAACCUUCCAUCACGCCUAUCGUCACCAUCUCGUCCAACACUGGCUGAUCUCAUUGCGCGUUCUAUCUUCAUGACACAUACUUCCAUAGUUUCACGAAAGUUAGCCAGAUCCUUGGUCUCAAUCCGAUUGUCUCGCCGCUUAGCAGCCAGACCCUCAGCCGCGGCUCUGGUUGAGCGUUCUGUUUUACCCAAAGAGUGCGUGCCUGGUAUGGCGUCAGUGCAUGUGGCACCAGCAAUUGUUGCCAAGAAGAAGGCAAUCGAGAAAGAGAGAGUUAAGGACGGGUUGCGACAGUGGAUUGCAUCGAGAUGGAAGCGUGAAGUCAAAGAGCGCCAAGAUGGCGUAAGAAAAUGGGAGGAGAGCCGCGGCAUAGGACGCGUGUGGCGCCUCCGUAGGUUUUGGGAAAGAGUUAGUCGUGGCGAGGAGCGAGACAGUGCUUGGUAAGUCAGUGAUAUCAACUUCUAUGAGGUGAAUCGUUGUAAGGCUGCGUGUGCAAUCAUGCUUGAAGGACCACUAUAGUGCGGUUCUGUAUUGGUCACAGUUCUGGCAGGGAGACGUCAGCGGUACUAGCGGCUUUCGUACUGUCGGCAGGAUUACUUGUAUGAUACAUUAUGUACGAUGUGGUGAUGUUACAAAAUCGACGAACUCCGUUAUGAGUACUAGGCCAUGUGAAGGCGAUCGGCGAGCCCCUCACGAGUGGUAUCUUUCUAUCAUGCAUGGCUAUGCACGAAGUCCCUUUGCUCAGGCUGUCCGAAACCUGAAGCCAUCCCAAUCAUCAUCUUCUUCGUCGUCCUCCUCAUCGUCGUCCUCAUCCUUCUCUUCAAUAGCUGGCGUGUCCAGAUUUUCUUUGCCCAAGCUUGUAGGUUUUUCAGUGCCAUUUUCUUGGCUGAAGCUUUCACCACGUUUCCGUAGGGCUUCCCUCUUGUCCUUUAACCGCUUCACGCGAGCUUCGAGCUCUUCCAUUUCUUCAAACUCCUCUUCAAGCGCACGGGUUGCUUCCUCCUUUUCGUCUUCGAGAUCGACAUCAGCUUGAGCGCGUCGCUUCCCGGCCUCCUCCUCCUUCUGGGCAUCGGCGGCCGCAACUUCCUCUGCUGUCAUGGCUGGGGCUGAUAUAGUCGCGUCUUCAUCGUAUGUGGCUGUUGUAGCAGCAAUAUCGGCCUCGAAGGCUGCCCAUUCUGCUUCAUCAACUGCUGCUGCUGCUGCAGCAGCAGCAGAUGUAAGGCGCUCGUCUGUAGUCAGGCUACUGGCCUGGCGUGAGGGGAGCGAUGCAGUUGCAGAUUGUGAGGUCAAGUUAUUAAGCUGACCUCCAGGGGUAGAAGCGGAAGAGCCAUCUCGAUGGGCUGGUGUUGCUGGUCUCGAUGGGAUUUGGAUCUCUACCCCUUGUGACGGCGUGGUCGACGUCCUCCUAGUCAAUCGAGGUGGUGUCAAAGUCUGAUCCUUGUUAUCCUUAUCUCCAUCUCCAUCCACUCCAUCCGUCUUAUUUCGUUUCCGCCUGCCAUCGUCCAUUUCGACAUCUCCGUCUUUAUCGUCGAUAGCUUCCUCGUUAUCGUCGUGUUUCCGUUUUUGUGAAGUCUGUUGUUGUGAAGUUCGAGCGUUGGCCGGUGAUGCUGUUUGAGCUUUUAUUAAACGAGUUUUGUGUGCCUCUCCUCGGACAUGUGAGUCCCAUAACGACUCGGUUUUGAUGUGCUCGUGACAGAGGGUGCAUAGAAGUUUGCCUGCAUCAGAGUAGGCGGCAUAUGGGUGUUCGAUACGGCGAGCGGCGCGCUGUUGCCGCAAAAGAGAGCGUACGUCGGACAUGGAAGUAGAUGAAGAUGAAGAGCCGUAAUUCGUGUGACGUUGAAGGGAUGUGGUAGCGGAAGAAUACCACAGGUAGAGCAAGGUGUUGAAGUAUAUGAGCUGGUUAUAAUUCGCGAUUCCAAUUGGGCUCAGGAGAUCAAGAGAAGCUGCCGCAUAAGGAAUAGGACUAGAGAGCAAAGACUGAUGUCAGAAAAGAAAGGAAAGAAAUGCGUAGUGCUUAUGAGGUUGGAUGGUAGAGAUUCAAGGUCGUCAAAAGGGUAACAAAGAGGUGUGAGGUGCGCAACUGCCGAC